CCCCGCGUGUCUGUCUCGCCAUCGCUUUCGUCCUCACCCAAGACCCUCAGCCUUCUCGUCCGCCUAUCCGCACCGCCUGUUGCACGACCACCGAACCAACGCGGUGCGCCAUAUCUACUCGAGGCCCGCCUGCGCCAUCCUCAUCCCUUCCGCACGCACACACGCACACACGCACACACACACACUCACACUCACUCACUCACUCACCAAGUCCUCGUGAAUCUCACGGUCACUCUUCCAUAGCCCCGCUAUGAGCGCAACCGCGAGCUUCAGCAACGCAGAGCCUCCUCCGUUACUGUUCGGAAGCCCACCCUUCUCGCCUCGCUCGCCCCUCCACACCCAGACACCAGCCAGCCCACCUCCUCUCGCCAUGGAGGAACCAGAAGACACUGAUAUGACCACAUCCAUCACGCUGCCUGCACAGAACCACGACCGGCAAGAUCAUACGAUGGAGGAUGGCGGGGAGGCCGCCCAGGCGGCGCUUGGAGAGGCUGGUCUCGGAAAUUCAAACAGCGAUCGAGAUGCCGUAGUGGAAGACGCGUUGGACGACGCCAUGGACACCACACCGGACUCGUCGCCGCAGCCAGAGGACCAGCCCUCUCAGCCAGGCCUGCAGCAGGCCCGGUCUACACCAGGCCCACACGAUAACGAUCCCCCCACGGCUUCAGCAGCGCUGGCGGCAAGAGGAGACUCACCGCCGCAUUUGGAAUCACCGCACACUCCUCGCCACGGCGUCGCCGAAGACGACGCGGUUGCAAUCGAACCGUCGCAACCACCCUCCGCUCCGGCAUCUGCGAGCCUGCCUCCACCAAUGACGGGCAACGAAGAGGACGACGACAGUUCGUCGGUGUCAAGUGAGGAGGAUCCACUUCAAUGGCAUGAGAUCAUCGAAGAUACCUCAGUGCCGGACGAGGACGAGCUGAAAGAGAUCGAGGCGAUGACUGAGCACAGCGCUUUGGACGACGAAUACUGGAGGAGGCGCACCUUCGCCCCUCUUCACGACCCCGAAUACACGCCAGGUCCCAGCGGCAGCAUCCGCUGGACCAUCGAAAGGCUGAACGGGACGAGGGAGGAGCCGAACUUGGAGCUCCUCCUCGAGUCCGAGAGCGUCCAGAUCGGCGACUACAGGUUCCGGCUGAAGCUGUACCCGAACAGCAUAAACGAGUCUCGAUAUCUCAGUGUGUUUCUCUCAUGUGACACGAUGGCGGAGCUUAAGCCUUCGAAGCCACACGAGUUGCUUCCAAAGCCGAGGAAGAAGAAGAGCAAGGAGAGGAACAAGACGGCAAAGAGCAAAGAAAGCUCGACAACAGACGCUCAGGCCGACGCUUCUUCGUCAUCUUCUAGACAGGAGCCCAAGCAGGAAUGGCAGCACACGCCGCUCCCUCUGCUGGAUCCAAAACGCAUCCCGAAACGACCCAGCGUUGCCGCUCAGUUUUCGAUCAUCAUGUACAACCCCGAGGAGCCACGCACGCACUACCACAUGACGUUUUCGCAUCGGUUCUGCCCAGGCGCGCCGGAUCACGGAACUCCCCAUUUCGGCUUCUCGAAGGCAGACGCGGCAAUCCGACGCCGUCAGCAACGCCAGGCCAUCUACAGAAAUGACAAGCUUGCGUUCGUGACGCACAUUCGCCUGAUCAACGACGACACGGGCUGCUUGUGGGAGCGCUCGAAUCGCGAAAACCCAUACGACAGCCUGAUGAUCACAGGACUGCAGGGUAUCUCGAGCCGCGGGUUCGGCAUGUCGGGCGGCAACGUGAUCUCUGCCAUCUCGACUUGGCUACUCCUGAUGCCGUUCAGACAACUUCUCUACGAGGCCAAGGCCCCAAACCCAGUCACAGAGUCGAGAGAGCGCCCGAAACCAAUGCUCCUCGCUCUACAGAAGAUCCUAUACUGCCUUCGAACACGACCGGAGGGCGUUGGCAAUGGGCCCUUUGCGCUUGAGGAUCUUCUGGACGCCUUUGAAUGGUACGCGAUGGACAAGACAACCGACAAAUAUGACACGAUAGAGAUCUGGGAGAUUAUACGCUCGAAACUGGAAGAAGAACUGCGAGGCACACCGCACGAGAACCGUUUGGCCCAACUUUUCGGUCCCAUGCGCAAUCGCAUGACGGGGGUCCCGUGCUACAAGGUCCCUGUGAAGGGCUCUGAAACCAUGCAAAAGGCCAUCGACAAGACAAGCAACCUAGUAGACGUCAACUCUGACCCCCCAGAAGUGUUGACCCUGGAGCUGGAGCGAUACGUGUUCGAUGAGAAGAAGCGAGCAUGGCAUAAGCUGUCCGAGAGACUGUCCUUGGAUGAAAGCGUGGUUGUAUGUGGACAAGAGUACAGACUGUUCGGCUUCAUCGUGCACAAGGAGCACGCUCAGUCUGGCUACUACCAUUCAGUCAUGCGCCCUGACGGGCCCAAAGGCAAGUGGUACAUGUAUACCGAUAACAAGGACGACAACAAGGUCAUGUGCCUUACGCGCAAGCUUGCUGUCACUGAUCACGAAGGUACAAACCCGAAGCACCCGAACAAUGAACAGGCUCACGUGGCGUACGUUGUGACAUAUGUCCGUGGUGAUGUCGCCGAAUGGGCCUUCAACGUUGAGAAUGAGCCAGAGUGGAAUGUUCCGGAUUGGCUCGUCGAAGACGUCAAGCACGAACGCGCGUUAGCGCAUGACGUGGCUUGCGGCAGUUCCUUCGAGGUACCCGGUGCCAUAAUUGCGAAUUUGGCUGCCGCCGAGAGUACGGACAAAGCCAAGACGAGGGACAUACCUAAGGCGGAGGCGAAGGACUACGAGUUCUCUGUGAUCAGCUCCAAAGCUUUCGAGGGGUACGAGGGCCCUGGCACGAUCGACUUGUAUGAUUCCAAGUGGAACAACUCUCCGCAUGUUUUCAAGGUCGUCCUCAGCGGACAGGCAGACGCUGUCGAGGCGAGGAACCAGAUUGCAGCUGCGGUUGAGGGUGUCAAAUCUCCCCAUCAGUGCAAAGUCUGGAUCAUAGGCUCGCUGGACGGGACGCUGUGGCGACCCAACUUGAUCACCACGGGCAGGAAGGAUAUUUCCGGUGGAAAUACAAAUUCAGACAUCAACUGGACAGUGGACGAGUUGGUUCUUCGUGCACCGGAACGUCGUCUCUGGCUUCAUGUCGUCGACGAGAAGGACCUACCACCUCAGCCUCCGUCCCACAAAACGCUGCAAGCAGGCUCCAGAGAUGUCUCAUCAGCAGAUGGGCCCUCGUCCAAUCAAGAAGCACCAAGCAUGACCGCGAACUCGACAUCCAGCACCAUCGUCGCAGACCUUGAAUCGGCCCUAAAUCGUCCUCCGGUGGUGUCUGCAGCAGCAUCGGAAGACACACCCAUGGAAGGGACGGUAAUGCCGGAUCAAAGUGAACAUGUGGAAGCGCCCUUGGACAAUGCGCUGCCCCUCGCGCCUCCUGGUACCGCAGCAGAUCCGUCGCCUUUGCUUCUCAACGUGGACGCAGACAUGGGCGAUGUCUCCGCGCUGCCUUCGAUGCCGUCGGGUGAUCUUCCAGACACAAUAACAAUCGAUCGCAGCACCGGCUUGCCCGUCGUCAAUCUUCCUCCUCCCAUACACGUGGCUGUUCCACCAGUUGCAGAUCAAAUUUACUUCUUCUUGAAGACCUUUGAUCCCAAAACGCAGAAGUUGAAGGCAUACGGCAGCUACUUCGUGGAACGUCGCUCGCGCGUAGACAAGACGAUCUACAAGAUCAUGGGGGUGGACAAGAACGAGAAGCGGCUGCAGUUCUACGAAGAGACCGAUAUCAGCUCAGCCCGCAAAUUGCAUACCCACCGCGACUUCUCGCAAGAGGAUUUGACCAACGGAAGCAUCAUCGUCGCGCAAUUCGAGCUGAAGGAUGCGGAGAAAGAGGCGCUAGCAUCUCGAGGUCUCUUCACCGAUCCUGAUGCCUACCUGCGCGCUCUAAAUGAAGAACGUACCUUCCGUCACACAGCAAAUGGCAGGUUCAAGAUGGACUACUUCUCGGCCGAAUUCUACGAAGGCGACAUGCGGUACCACAUACCGCACGGGCAGGGCCGGAAGAUCGACCAUCAUUCCAACUCGUACACGGGCAGCUUCGUCAUGGGGAAAAGACACGGGUACGGCUCCAUGAUCUACGCGAACGGCGACACGUACGAAGGUCAAUGGGUCCAAGAUCUCCAGGACGGCCAGGGAACCAGCGUCGAGCUCGAGACCGGCAACAAAUACGUCGGCGGGUGGAAGGAUGGCAAGAAGCACGGUGAGGGCAUCACGUACUGGAAGAUGGCCCAGGACGAGGGCCGCUGCUGCAGGAUCUGCUGGUACAACGAGGCCGACAUGGUCUUCGUCGACUGCGGCCACGUAGUCGCGUGCAAGGAAUGUUCCAGAGAGGUCAGGGACUGUCCCGUCUGCAGACGAGGUAUACAUAAGGCCAUCAAGCUGUACCUUUCUGCCUGAAAUCGAACAGCAUCGGACAAGAGAUUUCGGCAUCUGCGCGGGUGGGGAAAGCGAAAGGGUGAGAUACAGCAUGGUAUUCAUUGAAUGUGGCACAUCUCUUUUUGUACUCUUUGUACUUUUC